AGACCAGAGGCUAGUUCUGGAUGAGUUGGGACAGCCCGGGCGUCUCGUGUGUAUUGCCGACGCAUUUGCCUGGAAGAGGUGGUUCGGGCUCUGCGCGGGAUGCGUAGUGGGAGAGCUUUGGGACCAGAUGAGAUUCCGGUGGAGUUUUGGAAGCAUGCGGGUCGUGGUGCGUGGGUUUGGUUAACCAAACUCUUCAAUGUUAUCCUCCGGACAGCAAGGAUGCCUGAUGAGUGGAGGGAGAGUCUCUUGGUCCCUCUGUUUAAAGGCAAAGGUGACAUUCAAAGCCGCGAGAAUUACAGAGGCAUCAAACUGCUUAGCCACACCAUGAAGGUUUGGGAGCGAAUCAUUGAGUAUAGGGUGCGGAAAGGGGUUUGCAUCUCUGAGAACCAGUUUGGUUUCAUGCCUGGCAGAUCGACUACAGAGGCCAUUCAUCUCAUGAGGAGGUUAAUGGAAGAGUAUAGGGCUAGGAAGAAGGACCUUCAUAUGGUGUUUAUUGACCUUGAAAAGGCGUAUGAUAGGGUGCCAAGGGAGGUCUUAUGGAGGUGCCUUGAGGCGAGAGGAGUUCCCAUCGUGUACACCCGCGCGAUCAAGGAUAUGUACGAUGGGGCUAUGACUAAGGUAAGGACUUCCGGGGGCGACUCAGGUUCUUUCUCGAUAGGGAUGGGGUUGCACCAGGAGUCUGCCCUUAGCCCUUUUUUGUGCACCUUGGUGAUGGACGUCCUAACUCAAGGUGUUCAAGAAGGGGUCCCAUGGUGCAUGCUUUUCGCGGAUGAUAUUGUGCUUAUCGACGACACACGUGAGGGACUAAAUGAUAAGUUGGAAUUAUGGCGCCUUGCCCUUGAGACGAAAGGAUUCAGAAUAAGUAGGAACAAGACUGAAUACAUGGAAUGUCGUUUCAGCGGCCGGGAUACAGAAUCAGAGGUGGAUGUCAGGAUUGACUCUCAUCUUGUACCUAAGGUAGACAGGUUUCGAUAUCUUAGCUCGGUAAUCCAGGCUGAUGGGGAGUUAGAUGCGGAUGUUGGACAUCGUGUUGGAGUGGCUUGGGCCAAAUGACAGUUAGCUUCAGGGGUGUUGUGUGAUCCGAAGAUUUCGCCUAAAGGUGGAGCCGAGGGUCUCUUGGAAAAACCUCCCUACUUCCGAGUAGGGGCAAGGUCUG